AACUUCAAAGCAUGGCUCCUAGAUUCUAUUCUCUUACACUCUUCUUCUUGUCCUUAAUUUUCUUCACUUUCCCUGUUAAUUCAAUUCACUUCAAAUUUUCCCGUUUUGAUCCUAGUGACACCAACUUAGUCUACCAAGGUUCUGCAGCACCAAGUGAUAGACUAGUUAACUUUAACAUCAAUGAAUUAUAUACAUGUCAAACCGGAAGAGUCUUCUAUUCUGAAAAAGUGUUAAUUUGGAACUCAAAAACAGGCCAACUCACUGACUUCACAACUCAUUACACCUUUAUCAUAGACACUCAAAAUAGGUCUUCAUAUGGCCAUGGACUUGCCUUUUUCUUGGUUCCUUUUCGUUUCGAAAUCCCACUCAAUUCUGAUGGUGGAUUUAUGGGCCUAUUUAAUACAACAACAAUGGACUCACCUAGUAAUCAAAUUGUUCAUGUGGAGUUUGAUUCUCGCGCAAAUGGUGAAUGGGGUGAGACAACGGAGCAUGUGGGAAUCAACAAUAAUUCGAUCAUAUCAUCAACCUCAACAUAUUGGAAUGCGAGCGUGCAUAGUGGAGAUAAUGUUGAUGUAACUAUUAGCUAUAAUUCUACAACCAAGAAUUUGACUGUAUCGUGGAGAUAUCAAAGUACUUACGAUCCUCAAGAAAAAACUAGUCUUUCAUAUCAAAUCGAUUUGAUGAAGGCUUUGCCCGAAUGGGUAACUAUAGGAUUUUCUGCUGCAACAAGUUAUGUUGGAGAAAUAAAUCAUCUUUUGUCAUGGGAAUUUAACUCCACUCUGGACGACAAUGAGGAUAGUAAUACAGAAGAAACGAGACUAAUUGUAAUAAUAACAAUCUCUUGUGGGGUUGCAAUAGUAGUGGGAGCAUUGGUAGCAUAUGUAGUAAUCAAGAGGAAAAGAAAGAUUAUUGAAAAGAAAAAAGAUGAGGCUAUGCAUUUAACUUCAAUGAAUGAUGACCUUGAACGAGGAGCAGGGCCGAGAAGGUUCAUCUACAAGGAACUUGAUAUUGCCACCAAUAACUUCUCUGUGGAUAGAAAGUUGGGCCAAGGUGGUUUUGGAGCUGUUUAUAGAGGUUAUUUUGCUGAUUUAGAUUUGCAUGUUGCUGUGAAGAAAAUAUCAAGAGGAUCAAAACAAGGUAAGAAAGAGUAUGUAACUGAAGUUAAAGUGAUUAGCCAACUUCGACAUAGGAAUCUUGUGAAGUUGUUGGGUUGGUGUCAUGACAAAGGUGAGUUUCUUCUUGUUUAUGAGUUCAUGACUAAUGGUAGCCUUGAUUAUCAUUUGUUUGGUAAAAGGAUGCCACUUUCUUGGAGUGCAAGGCACAAAAUAGCUCUCGGGUUGGCGUCUAGUGUGUUUUAUCUACACGAAGAAUGGGAGAGGUGUGUGAUACAUAGAGACAUCAAAUCAAGUAAUGUUAUGUUAGAUUCUAGUUUCAAUGUCAAGCUUGGUGAUUUUGGGUUGGCGAAACUAAUGGAUCAUGAGCUUGGGCCUCAGACAACUGGUAUAGCCGGAACAUUAGGCUAUCUAGCUCCAGAGUACGUGAGUACUGGACGGGCCAGCAAAGAGUCAGAUGUGUAUAGUUUUGGUAUAGUUGCUUUGGAGAUCACCACUGGAAAGAAAGCUGUUCAAGUUAUGAAAGACAAAGAUGGAGGAGAUAAGGGAAUGAUUGAGUGGGUUUGGGAUCAUUAUGGAAGAGGAGAGCUACUUAUGGCAAUGGAUGAGAAUUUGAGAAAGGAUUUUGAUGAGAAAGAAGUAGAGUGUUUGAUGAUUGUUGGAUUAUGGUGUGCACAUCCUGAUGUGAAUCUAAGACCAUCCAUUAGACAAGCAAUUCAAGUGCUUAAUUUUGAGGUUUUGAUGCCAAAUCUUUCUCCAAAGAGGCCAGUUGCAACCUAUCAUGCUCCUGCGUUGGAUGUAACCUCAGUACAAGCUUCUAUCACCACAAGCCUUCAAGAUGGUCGUUAAUUGACACUAGCAAUGGAAUCAUCACGGUGUUUAUAAAAAUGUUGUCAUCUAGGGAAAUGUUAACCAGUAUCCUUAGGGCAAUGAUUAAGACUUUAAAAUAGUAAUCUUAUCUCGGUAAUCUGCGUAUUUAAUGCCUUGAAAAUUGAAAUAUUAAAAUUUCUAUAAAAUAUUUUCUUUUUUAGGAAUGCUUAACCAUUGCCCUGAGGGCACUGGUUAGCAAGACCCUUAUAUGUAUUGUAUCUUUGUAACAUAUAACUCGAGGUAUAAAUGUUUUGUAUAAGUAUAGUGUUAUGUGUUUACGAAGAAAUGAAGUAUGUAUUAUGUGCU